AGGUGCUAAAAAAGACCUGAAGUUUGAGUAUGUGGGCGGUACUGAUAUAGAGUUUCUGCGAUUGCUUUCGCAGAAAAUGAACUUUACCUGCAGUUAUUCUCAGCUCAUUAGUACUGGAGCAGCGGCAUUUUACCAAAGAUUACCCAAUGGAGAAGUGAUAGGUUUAAUACGAGACGCAAUGGAUUACAAAAUUGAUAUUACUUUCGGUAAGAUUAUACCUUCUCACUCGUCUAUUUUCCUUUUGCGGUAUUCUCAAUGUUACUCUUCAUCCUCACUCAGUUGGUUUGUACCAGACCCCAACAUUGCUCCUCGGUGGCAAAUUAUUUUUAAAGUUUUUCCAUUAAAACUUUGGGUUUUACUUGGUAUUUUUUUCGUAAUGGUGUGUUUGCUGUAUUGGGUUUUAGAGCACUUUAAUACUACUGGCUCAACACCAACUUUGAAUUUUGACUUCAACUUCAGCAAAAUCCCUUUCGCUGAUCUUUUCAGUAUCGGUCUAGGAGCAUCUUCAACUCUAAAUCCACAACCUGUCUAUUUAAGACUGCUAUUUGCGUUUUGGGCAAUUUACUCUUUACAUUGGUAUAUGGCUUACACAUCAGUGCUGUUUGCUCUUAUGACCAACCCCCCACUUGAAAAAGAGAUUUCUAACAUUAAUGACCUUAAGGAUUCAGGUUUGAAAACAAGCGGGAACAGAGUGCUUUUCCAAUUUUUUGACCACCUCGAUCUUGAUAAAACCACCAGAGCAGUUUUGGACAACCGUGUUGGAUGCCAUGGCUUGGACGGUUGUCUUCAGGGGCUUGUUAAAUUUAGAAAUGUUUCGCUUAUGGGAAUACAAGACGAUAUAGAAAGCACUUUAAAUAUGAGGAUAUAUAAAAUUCAUAAACUUAAAGAAGACAUGAUGAUUUAUCAUGUUAGCCUUGUAACAACCAGGGGUAAUCCUUUAGAAAAUGGCUUAAACAAACUUUUGCUUCUUACAAUGCAAUUAGGCUUUUUGAAUAAAUGGGUGUCAGAUGUCCAAUUGGUAAAUCACAACAAAAACUUUGAGGUUGUAUUAGAAGAAAAGAAACUUCCUCUGAACUUUGGACACUUGCAAGGAGCUUUUAGUAUUUUAAUGUGUGGACUCAUAAUAGCAUUCCUAUGUUUUGUUGGAGAAAUAUUUAUGUAUCGGAAGUCUUCUUCAAGAAAAACAAAAAGCAACACAAACAGUAUGAUAAAGUGAGUAACGUUAAAGUACUCUUAAAAUGUACAUCAU